CCAAAAAAAAUACUCAAUUCCUCAUUUCGCUCUCUCUUCUUCUUCUCCUAACAUCUACAAGAGAUAGAAAGAGACUGCAAUGGCCGCUAAGGCAGCAGAGAAGAGUUCCAAGUGGUCUCUCAUCGGAAUGACCGGUCUCGUCACCGGCGGCACUCGUGGAAUCGGGUAUGCAAUUGUGGAAGAGCUAGCUCAAUUAGGUGCAACCCUUUACACAUGUUCCCGCAACGAAGACGAACUCAACCGUUGCCUGAAAACUUGGACUGAUAAGGGUUUCAAAGUCACUGGUUCAGUCUGCGACGUAUCUUCUCGCCCUCAAAGAGAGGACCUCAUGGCUAGAGUUUCAUCUUCUUUUGCUGGGAAAAUCAACAUCUUUAUAAACAAUGUUGGAACCAACAUCAGAAAACCAACAACUGAAUACACAUCAGAGGAAUUCUCAAAGCUCUUUUCUGUCAACUUCGAAUCUGCUUAUCAUCUUUCCCAACUUGCUCACCCUCUUCUUAAAGCAUCUGGGUCAGGAAGCAUUGUAUUUAUUUCUUCAGUUGCUGGUCUUGUUCAUCUAUCUACUGGAUCCAUCUAUGGAGCAACCAAAGGUGCAAUGAAUCAGCUUACCAAGAACUUGGCUUGUGAAUGGGCAAAAGAUAACAUCAGAUGCAACUCUGUUGCCCCCUGGUAUAUCAGAACAUCGUUCGUUGAACACUUGUUGGGGAAUAAAGAGUUUUUGGAUAAUGUGAUAUCGAGAACUCCUCUGGGGAGGCCCGGGGAGCCAGAAGAAGUGUCGUCCCUGGUUGCAUAUCUCUGCAUGCCGGCUGCUUCUUACAUAACUGGACAGAUUGUUUCUGUUGAUGGUGGAAUGACUGUUUGUGGAUUCAGCACAAAAAUGGUAUAGAAAGAAGAAAGACAAACAUGGAAACUCAUAAAAGUCUUGCUUUGUUUUCAUGUAGUUUCAAUAACAGUUAUGUUAGCUAUAACUUAUGCUACUUUCUUUCAUGAAGGAAAAAACUAAUUUAUUUUUGUUUGAAUUUAAAAAGAUAAUACAAUUUCUGUACUUUUAUUAUUAUUAUUAUUAUUAUUUUGAUAUUCUUAUUAAUUCAAA